UCCAUUUUCACAGAUCGACGCCCAUUGUGAGUUUUCGUCUCAAUGUCGCCGGUCUAGUAUUUUGGUCGACAAACAAUAUUACUUCUUUUUCAUUUCCAGUUUUUUUUCCCCCGUAGAAGUAAGUUAGGAAUUAAUACACGAAUAAUAUAAGAUAACAGGAUUUCAGAAAUUUAAUAUAGUGGGAAGUGGAGUUUCCACUUUGAGGAGUGGCGCAGCCGUGUAAAAGAGACAGAAAAUGGCCGCCAACACGACUCAGCAAAGCCAGCUUGCUAGUUGGUCUCAGCAGUAUAGUGGUGGAAGUUCUGGGUCUGAAACUCCAGUCCAUGAAAAUCCAGAAUGGGAGAAAGCACGUCAGGCUUUAGCUUCCAUCAGCAAGAACACCAAUACUUCUGCCAAAAAUGUUGCAGUGGGGCAGGGGCAGAGUCAGACACAGGGUCAGCAGUAUUCUGCUGCUGCUGGGGAUUCAGUAGCCUUACAGCAACAGCAAUAUUUCCAGUGGUACCAGCAACAGCAGCAGCAAUACAGUGGCUAUGCCUACUCCUACAACUACUAUUACCAGAUGCCUGCAUAUGCUAGUGGUUACUCACAGCAGGGUCAGUAUGCAGUGUCUGGGACUUAUGGAUCACAAGCAACCCCUACCACACCCACUGGACAGCCUCCUUUGCCACCAAUGGAUGAGUCUUUCCAGUCUCAGUCACAGCCAACCACCCCAACCACUCCACAGCCUGCUACUCCUAAUCAACAUCCAGGAUCUGUGGGACAAAAUGACCUAUCUCAGCAUCAUUCGCAAAAUGCACUAGGUCAACUGUCUUACCACAGUUCUCAGCCUGGUUCAGUUCAGUACCAGAGUUACCAGAAUUCUGCUGCCGGCUCCCAGCAAGGAUACCAGAAUACAGGCACAGGCUCUCAUGAAUACAGCAACAGUAAUCAAGGGAGUGGACCUGGCAACUCGGGACAGCAUCAUAAUUAUCAAAACUCAAAUUCUGCAUCACAGAACUCCAACCAGCAUCUUGCAUAUAACCAGAACUCAAAUUCUGGUUAUCAGAAUUCUGGUGGCAACCAGCAAUUUCUCCAUCAGCAGCAAAGUUCAUUUUCAGAUGUUUCCAGCAAAAAGAAUAAAGGGGGGCAGCAGCUCUGGCAUAGAAUGAAGCAGGCACCAGGAGCUGGUGGAGUGAAGUUCAACAUUCAGAAACGCCCAUAUGUGCUAACAAAUCAGUCAUUUGCCUCGUCUGAGCAAAAUAAUGCAAUGGCCAGUUCACCAUCUCAGAACAACGUGACAACAGCAAAGCCAGAAGACUGGCCACAAGCCAUGAAAGAAUAUGUUCAACGUUGUUUUACUGCUUGCGAGUCUGAAGAGGAUAAGGAUCGCACAGAAAAGGUUCUGAAGGAAGUCUUGCAAGGGAGGUUGCAGGAUGGAUCAGCCUAUACUAUUGAUUGGAGCAGAGAACCUUUGCCAGAGUUGAAAAAGAACAGAUGGGAGACUGUGUCGCACAGAGUCUCUGAAUCAAUAAGCCAGACCAGUGGUAGACUUGGCAGUACUGCAAGUGGGGGUUUAUCUGGGAGAGUGGCCAUGACUGGCAGGACUAGGGGAGGGGGUUCUUCAACCAAUUCGUCCCACUCCUCCUUCAGUCCUCAUAAGUUGGGCCACUACAGGAAUGUUUUUACCAAAGACCAGAGUACCUCUUCAAGUAGUAGCCGCUCUCGAUCUCGCUCCUCUUCACCCCACCGGCGGCAACAUCAUAGGCGAAGUGACUCUGGUUCACCGUCUGAUAGCAGUCUUUCAAGUGAUGCCCGACCGCUUGUACGGAGAAAUCAAAAAGGAGACAGAGGCCGUGGAGGAAGAGGACGAGGUGGCAGAGGAAAUAGAGGAAGGAGGAAUGCAGAUGAUUCUGGCACAGCACAGAAGCGUGGCCGAAGAAAAGGUGGUUGUGCAGGACUUGACUUUGAGGACCCUGAGAGAGAGUUCAAAAAGCAGAAUCGUGCUGCUAGGUUUCAAACAGGCCCAAGUGGAAAGAAAUUGCGGACAGAGCCCCUUGUUCUUCAGAUCAAUUCAUUUGAUAACCAUAGUUCUAUGACAUGUGGCGAUGGCCUAGAUUGGGAAGAUUUCAAGAUAGUUGGUACCAGUCAAGAAAUUACCAAGCACUAUUUAAGGCUUACUUGUGCUCCUGAUCCCUCAACUGUUCGGCCUGUUGCUGUACUUAAAAAAUCAUUGCUGGCUGUAAAAACUCAUUGGAAGACCAAUCAGGAUUAUGCCUUUGCUUGCGAACAGAUGAAGUCAAUUAGACAAGAUCUAACGGUUCAAGGUAUUCGCACUGAGUUCACAGUAGAGGUUUAUGAGACACAUGCCAGGAUUGCUUUGGAAAAGGGUGAUCAUGAGGAAUUUAACCAGUGCCAGACACAGUUAAAAGCCCUUUAUGGCGAGUCUCUGUCUGGCAAUGUGGGAGAAUUCACUGCCUACAGAAUCCUGUACUACAUCUUCACCAAAAAUUCUGGAGACAUAACUACUGAGCUAGCCUACCUGACUCGAGAAAUGAAGACUGAUCCAUGUGUAUCUCAUGCAUUAGCGCUUCGUACAGCGUGGGCUCUGGGAAACUACCACAAAUUUUUCUGUCUUUACCGUACAGCUCCUCGGAUGGGAGCCUACCUGAUUGACAAGUUUGUGGAGCGAGAAAGAAAGUUGGCUCUAAAAGCUAUCAUCAAAGCUUUUCGUCCAGCGGUUCCCAUCGAGUACAUCCAGUCAGAGCUGGCCUUUCAGACGCAAGAGGAUUGCCUGGCUUUCCUCAACGGUCUUUCCAUCUCUUAUCUCGGGAAUGAUCCCUCCAAAAUAGACUGCAAACUCAGUGUUUCUGUACUUGCCAACUUUUGAUGAUUCAGCACAUAUUCUAUUCUGCCUCAUUAGCAGAAAUAUUUAAGCAGAGGAAAGUGUCUGCCAAUGUUCAUGCCGUGGAUAUUGGUAAAAUGGCUGUACCCAGAUUUGAUGGAUGGUAUCACUAAAGGUUUUCACUGUACCAUGAAAAGGAGAAGGGUUCUACAAGAGGUCGGUCUUAUGAGACUCCCAAUAGAUGGAGCCCCUCCCCUGGAUAUGAUCAGUAGUCAUUGUUUGGUCUUCUUGAAGAGUGCUACAAUAAUGGGAAGAGACUAAAAGGCUUGUGUUGUCGCCAGAAGAUAUGGGAUUUUCUGGUAGUACAAUAUGGACAUUGCCCAAAGUGGAGCUUAGAAUAAUUAACAUGCACCGAAACUGAACAGUAAACCUGCCUAUCGAUCAUAAACAAAGGCUUUGGAGUUGGUAGCAUAUGUUACCUGCCCAAUUGUAAGAAGCCAGUCCUAAAAGCUGAACAUUCAGUCCAGAGCAGAUCAGCAGCCACUCCUUGGGUUAUCUUUUUAAAAAUAUUUAUGAAUGAUUUUAUAGUAAUUGAAUGUUGCUUGUGGUCCCUUGCACUAAAUAUUCAACUAUAGGAGAAAUUUGAACAUGGAGAGAGACUUGGCUGUCUUGUUUUAUAAAUUGGCUGGAAAAGGAUGCCAUUUUAUUCUGGACUGAUUACAAGAGAGCCUUAAAGUAGCUGCACUUGGCCAAGUUCACUUUUAAGCUUACUGCAGUUUUGAGCUCAACUAGGACAAUUCAAAAUGGCAUAUAAGCAUCUUUUUUUUUUUUUUUUUUUCCUCUCCCGAACCCCCCAGAGAGUCAGUAUUAAUUAAAACCACUGAAAAAGCUCAUCUGACCUCAACCAGUUCUCAGGUCCACAUAAACUAUAGAGAUGAAGAUGCAUGUAGUAUUGGCCUAGACAAAAUGGCAUACUACUCGGUCUUUGCUCCAUAUAUCAUGCUUGUAGCAAUGUGCAGUGAACCAUUUGCAUUGCUGGACUGAGUAAUGAGGUCUUUCUUCAAAGACCAUCUUUCUCAUGGAGUUCAAAGAUCAGGUCUCUCGGGUGAAAGCAGUUUUGGGAAAGGAGAGGUGAAGAUGUUGCCCUACAACCUUUUUUCCUGCCACCAACUAAAAAUACUCGCACAAAUGUGAGGAAGAUCUGAUUGGAAGAUACAAGAGGCAUGCUGUAAGGAAGAUCUGAUUAGAAGACAUAAGGCAAUCCAUUUAUGUGAGAUUCUUCGGAAACUGACGACCUAGUUUUUCUCUUCCAGCUCUAGUAUUAUGGCUCUUCAUAGCAGCUUUAAAAAGGGAAAAAUUGUAGCUAGUAAUAGUGUUUUUUUUUUUUUUUUUUUCUUCAGAUCCCAGCCAUUAGAUUUUACUCUACGUUUUCACUGUGUAAUUAGUAUUAAGUUCAUCAACAUGUGUUUUUAAAUGUAUGAAGGUGCCAAAUUGUGUGUGAUCUUUGUGUGAUUGUUUAGGCAGUUAAAAUGGUGUGCUGGCAUGCUCCACAAAUGACUCUCAGAUUCUAUUUCAUAGUAGUGUUCAAUGGAUCUUGCGUCCUGUGUAGUGUGUGUGUGUUUGUUUUUUUUUUUUUAAGUAAAGCAGUUUAGAUUUUUGGGCCUCAAGCGGUGGUAUAAUUGGUAAGUCCAGAUUGCAUACUUGUUUAUUUCUUUGUUUUUGCCUUUUUUUUCUGUUUAAGGAAAAUCUUUGACAUUAGGACUGCAUUUACUUCUUAUCAACUGAAGUGUUUAUUCCUGUUAGCCGUAAUUUUGGUUUCCAAAUACAUUUAAAUCCCCCCAAGCAGAAAAUUAAAAAGUUCUGAUUGAAUAUAGUUGAUGAGUUAAUUUUGCGGAAACAUGGGUCCAGCUUUUGUAAAGCUUAAUUCUUAUUUUUGGACAUCUUUGAUACUAUGCUUUUUGCCUGCUGUAAAUCUGUCUUCACCACAUUACCUUGCAUUUUGUGGUGGAUUUGUUAGGUGGCUAUUCCUAUCUAGGUUCAUCGUCAUUUAUGAAGAUCAUGUUGUCUUUGUCGUGUUUGUAAGAAUUGCAUUUGUGGAGCUUGGUUGGUAUGUGCACAAGGGAUGAUGUCUUCAAGUUUAUAACAGACGUCUUCAAGUUUAUAACAGACCUCUUACUACUAUGGUCCCACGGGGGGCUUUUCUUGGAUUCAGGCUUUUUUUUUUUUUUUUAAAAGAGUCCAUAUAAUUUGUUAAAGUAUUUCUCAUUUAUACAUGAAUCAUUUUUUGUGUGUUGAUUAAUAACCUUCUGUUGUGAAAUUUUUGCCUUAAUUUCUUGAAUUUGCCUGUGUGUGCUUGUUUGUGUAGGGGAUGAUAGAGUAAGGGCUGGAUUGGAGAAAUGGGCAACACUUGUGGGCCAGCAGCUUGGCAGUGAUUUGUACAAUCCACAGAUUUAGUGGGUUUAGCUGGGUGUUUUUGUAAUGUUUAUAUAAAACAAUAUGACGGGUGUUGUAUAUUGAAAUUUUUAGGAAUCUAUACGUAUGCUGUAAAGUAUAAAUAUAGGAUAUUCAUUAAUCAUUUUCUUACAAUGAAUACAGAAGGUUCAAAACAUCAGCGUUAUAGCAAUUUCUGAUGAUUGAACAAUGUGCACUUUUUAUAUGCAAUUUUUAUACCUUUUGUGUAUAUGUAUAUUGUGUAUAUAUAUAUAUUUUUUUUUUUUGCCUGUUUUAGUGUCUUGUGAACCCCAUGUUUGUUUCAUAUUUAUGACCAAAUUAACUUGGUUAGUUCUCAAGCUUUUUGUCUUUCAGUAUUUGAAUGGAUCGAUCAAAGGCAAGGGGGAAAUGAAUAUGAAUAUCAACAUAAAGAAUGCAAAGCAGUGAUCUGAACACAUUCCCAUUUUUGUGGUCAGUUCAACAUUUUAAUCAAGCAGCAGCCAAGCAAAGCCAGUCAAGGAGAAAUGCAUUACAAGAAAGAAUAAUGAAGUUCCUUUCUUUAGAAUGGUGGUUAUCACUUUAGGAAGAUCAUUUUGGAAAGAGACUUGCUAUAAAAGAAGAGUCAAAUAAAAAUGAAGGACUGUGCAGUUUUUUGUUUUAAAUCCCCUAAAAGUAACCAAGCUUGGUCCUGCAGAAGUCUACAGCGUAAGUUUGUCUACCUCGAAGAAGGAGUUAUUCCACUAUAGUUUUGAGAUGUGGCUUGAAGUUUGGGUUGGUGGUGUGGGAGGGUAGUUGGGGAGAGAUUUUCUAGAGGGGAAAUGGGAGGAUGCAGGUGUAAGAUCCAUUUUGAAUUUAUAUCACUAAAGCGAACUACUGUAGUUUGUAAUCUGUUCCUCCACUCCUUUAGAAAAAUUCGCACACAGGUAAAAGUCAUCAGUAUUGAAGGAGGUGUUUCUGUUCGUACCUGAUUUAUUUUGCAUCUGUUCUCUUUUGUGUAAAUGUGUACUUUCUAUAGUGCUGCAUGGCUUCAUGUGAAGCCAUAAGUUUGAUUUUUGAUCUUGCUCAUUCACCUAGCACUUCUUUCUCUUCCUGUUCUUUUUAGACAGCUAAACUUUUCCCUCCAUUCUACUUUCUAUAAUCCUUCUAUUCUCUCCCUGUCUAAUGCCCCCCAUGCCCCUUCUCAUGUUGAGUGCCUGUCAUUUAGAUCUGUAAUGCAGAAGGGAUCCAAAUUAUGUACUUUUUUAAUUGCCGUGUUCAACUUUUUAUUUAUUUUACUGUACUGUAAUGUUUUGUUUACUAUUUGCUCCCAUUCUACCCUUUCCUUUUUUCUUUUUUUUUUAUCUUUUUUUGUGACACGUUUAUGCUGCUUUUUGUGGCUUAUUCCCACCUCCCCUUGCCCUUUUUGUUCUCUUGGAUUCUCUUUGUAAACCUUGAGAGAUGCAAAGAAUAAAUACAAAAUUAAAAUAUG